AGCAGCGCCGAGCCGCGGCCGCGCGGAGCGGAGGAUGCGCUGAGGGCGGCGCAGGUAUAUUAUGCCAGACUUCCAGAUGAGAGGACGAGACUAUGAGUGAAGAGCGCUCUGGAGAUUGCGUGCAGUUCUUUUCCUGGGUCCAAACUGGAUUGAUCUGAGAACAAUAAUUAUGAGGCUGACAUGUCUGUUCUCCUUCAUCUUGCUGUUUGGAGCAGCUGGGCUUGUUGUCUUCAUUCACCUGCAGGAUCCAGAAGAAACAUUUCAUCAGCAGACACCAGGGAUAAAAUAUAACAUGGGACUCCAGCAACCAAAAAAAGACUGCGUUUCCAGCAAUAACCAGGAUAGAAGAUUAAGAAAAAGUACUGCAGACGGGGUAGCAACAGUAAAGCUGAGUGGUUCAUUACACCCAUCUGAAAAUGUGCCCUCCAAGCUUCAAAGCAUAGACAGAAGGCAAAGCAGCACAAUGUUUAUGAAAGAUUACCAAGAGAAAAGUGAGGAAACUAAUUCAGUGAGGCUCCAUAAACGGAGGAGGAGGUAUGUAAUUAAGAAGAGCCCAAUUCUAAUUUCCACGAACAGUUCCACUCUCAACUUGCCCACACUUAAAUCCGACGACAGAAAUAACAAAUGGAAAAGUCUCUACCAGAUACAAAGCAAAAGAAAGCAAAUAAUGAAGGAAACUUGUUCUAAGUACAAGAGUAAUAACAGAAGAAUAAUCACUCCUUACCACGUUUCUAGAAUAUUUGUAGAAGACAAAUACAGAGUUUUGUACUGUGAAGUACCAAAAGCUGGCUGCUCUAACUGGAAACGGGUGCUCAUGGUUCUCAAUGGGCUGGCUUCUUCCACUAAAGAUAUACAACACAACACAGUGCACUACGGCAACUAUCUAAAAAGGCUGGAUGGGUUUGACCGCAAAGGAAUUUAUCACAGGCUCAACACUUACACAAAGAUGCUUUUUAUUCGGGAACCUUUUGAAAAGCUGGUAUCUGCAUUUCGGGACAAGUUCGAACACCCAAACAAUUACUAUCAUCCGGUAUUUGGAAAAGCCAUCAUUUCCAGAUACCGUGUCAAUGCCACCAAAGAAGCAUUAAGGACAGGCUCUGGAGUCAAAUUUAAAGAGUUCAUUCAAUAUCUCCUGGAUGUACAUAGGCCAGUGGGUAUGGACAUCCACUGGGAUCACGUCAAUAGGCUUUGCAGCCCAUGUCUAAUAGAUUACGACUUUGUUGGGAAAUUUGAAAGUAUGGAAGAAGAUGCAAACUUUUUCUUGCACCUAAUUGGUGCUCCACAAAAUUUGACUUUCCCUAAGUUCAAAGAUAGGCACUCCAAUGAAGAAAGAACUACCACUAAAAUCACACAACAGUACUUUGCACAACUUUCUCCCUCUCAAAGGCAACAAAGUUAUGACUUUUACUACAUGGAUUAUUUGAUGUUUAACUACUCAAAACCUUUUGAAGAUUUAUACUGAUUUGAGUGUUGGGACACUUCCCGUUUCAGUUGAACUUCAUUACAAACCCAGGUGGCUUCUGUUUAUACACACGUCUGUUAGUAAGAAUUGAUCAAAGAACAGGAAAACAAACCUAAAACAGAACAUAAGUGGUUAGUGAUGUUUACACCUUCACCUUAAAUGCCUCCUUUUUCAAAUCAUUUAUGACGUGUAAGUACAUACGUGUAUAAUAAUACUAUAUGUCAGGGCUCCCAAAUAAAGCACAUAAUUUUCCAUGCUGGUAUGGCUUGUGUUUACAGUGAAGGACAGUUUGGAACUGGGGGAACAAAGCUGUAAGCUCGACAGCAAAUGUAAUAUUUUAAGUUCUUCACUAGUUAGAAAAUGAAAUCUUUGGAAAUUACAGGAUAGACAAAUAAACAAAUAUGGAAUAGAUAUAUUUCAUCAAAAUCUGCAGCGCCCCAAGCACACACUAAACAGGCAUUAUGUAUGAAGUUGGUCAAAUAUUGCUAUUUCCUCAUAAUUUAAAAAAAAAAAAGAAAUUAUCACACUGUUCAAAAAACACAUUGGUGAAAACAAUUAAUACUCAGUCACCAUGUGAGUGCAGUAUUAAACCAGAUGUUCCAAUUCAGAGAGAGGAUGCGUUCUCCCCAUUUAGUAUCUCCCUUAUGGCAUAUUCAUCUGCAAGCAGAUAAAAUGCAGGCGAACAUUUGCAUCUUUAUGCAUGUUAUUAAGAUUCUUUUAAUCCUUUGCAUUAACAUAAAUCUCUGGUUUAAUCUUCAUAGUCAC